UUUACUUGUCUCAAGCAGAUGCUACUGAUUGAAGAGGCGCUUCCCGCCUCUCACUAUCGACUUCGUACCGCCCCUCACAUCGCUCCGCGCUCUCACGACCCCGCCUCGCCCCACCGCUCCGGACCGCAGAAGGCACUUGCCGCUCGGGUCGGUGCGCGGUUUCCUGCGGGGUUCCGUCGUCCUGCCCUGGCCUGCCCCGCUUGGUUCCCGGCGCUCCCGGUUCUGCCAUGGCGCUGAGGAGGAAUGUCCCGCCGGGCCGCCGCCCUCCCGCAGUUAAAGCUGGACGUAUGAGAGUGUCUAAAAAGCAAGAAAGUGGACCUGCUGAGAAAAGUGCUAAACUUCCAGGAAAAGAAAAGUCAAGUGCUGUUGUCAGUUUUGCAAAACCUCAGAACAUGGGUGUCUUGGUAGCAGAAGCACUGAACAAAAUGAGCCACAAAAUCCAUGCAGCAACAUUACAAGUGGCUCACCAAAAGCCACAACCUACCUUGGAGAAGUUCAUACUGCCUAAAAGAAUUUACAUUAUUCAACAGCCACGGAAAUGUUAAGAUAAUCAUGAAAAUAUUUAUAUUUACUUAAAAGUGAGUUUCUAUUCUAUAUAGCAGUUAGCA